UUGGGGUGGUGCAACAAAUAAUAAAACAUAGGAGGAUAUUUCAAUGGCAAGGAAGGAGUUAUCUUUUUCGAUCGUCGACGAUGACGAUGUGGACGACGACGAAGUGUUCGAGUUGGAAGGUAAUGAUGCAAUUCCGAUUCCCAAUGGAGCGGAUGAGCCAAGGGAGAAUAGGAAAAGUGCAAUGAAUCGCACGCAGCAGGUCAGUAAAGAAUACGAUUCUUCCGAUGAGAGUCACCUGAGUCCUCACAAGAAAUUGCCGCAGAUGCAAGAUGUGAGUAAUUUGAGUAAUAUAUUGGCUGGUCCAUCGAGCGGAAGGCAAACUGUGACAAAAAUUCGUCCGCCUCAAUUGGCGCAAUUAUCGAGCGAGAGUGAAUCCGAGGACAGCGAUUUGAUCGAACGGAGAUCAUCUCCUAAAUCCAGCAUCCUGGUGGGAGAGUACGAUCCCAAAAGCUAUGACCAUUUGGACGUGAACGCCGACAUCAAGGAAUUGUUCCAAUACAUCACGAAAUACGUGCCUCAGCACUUGGGUCAAGACUACAAGUUCAAACCGUUCGUACCGGAUUUCAUACCAGCCGUUGGUGAUAUCGAUGCGUUCUUGAAAGUUAUUGCACCGGAGGUGGGUAUAAACGGAGAGGCUUCAACAGUGGAUCAAUCGGAUCUUGGAUUGGUGGUUCUGGACGAACCUGCCGCAAACCAAAGCGAUCCAGCUGUUUUGCAUCUUCAGCUUCGAGCAUCUUCAAUAAACGUUGGGAAUACUACAGAUAUGGUGAUCAAAAAGGUGGAUAAUUUGGAGAAGAAUUCGAAGACGGUGGAUAAAUGGAUCAAGGACAUUAGUGAUUUACACCGAAGUAAAUCAUCGCCGAUUUUUAAAUAUUCUGAUCCCAUGCCGGAAUUGGAUGACUUGAUGGAAGAGUGGCCGGAAAACAUGGAGAAUUUGUUAAAGAUUCACGGGUUUCCAAGUUACACCAUGCAGGGACCUUUAUCUCGUUACAUAGACAUCGUUUGUUGCUUAUUCGAUAUACCUGUUUAUCCCAAUAAGAUACAAUCUUUGCAUCUUUUGUUCAGUCUAUACGCAGCAGUUAAAACUUCUAAUUUGUAUAGAGCCAACAAUGGCGGCAAUAAAUCUAGAAACAUCGCCAGUGGAAACACUGAGAGCAACGAUGCUGAUCAAUUAGUAUUAGAAUGA